AGAAGUGGGACAAGAAGAGGAGGAAGAGAGGGAGGGUUUGAACCGUUUUUUUAGGAGAUCUGUGAUCUUCUUGGCAGACCUGAAGGCUAGCUGUGUGAAGGGGGAAGGAGUGGAGGAGAGGAGGGCGGCAGGCUGACCACACUGGUCUACCUCUUCCUGAAAGCAACUCCGCUCAGAGAGACAGGAAGUAGAGACACAGAAAGAGGGGAGGGGGAAAGAAAGAGUCAGAGAGAGAGAGAAUACUUUUCCUGUCACCAAACUUUUUGAAAACUGCGGGACUAGAGUGUGAAAAAUAAAGAUAGAGAGGAACACAGUGUGAGAUAGAAAAGGGAGAUUGAGAACGGAUCCAAGGACAUUGAGGAGUUCUCAGGCUACCAUCAUGGAUUGUUCCAGUGGAGUUGUGUGUGACUGACAGAGGGGGUUGCUUUGAAGACGGUCAUUAGGAAAGAGUUUGAGUACGAACGACAGAAUGAUGAAAACAGCUGUUCUCUCUCAGGAGACCGCAUCUACUGGGGUGAAUGCUGAGCCUCGCUCCCCACCUAGACCCCCCCUCACCCCUACCGUAUCUUCAGGAUCAACAGUACUAUUCCCCCCUCCCAGACCUGCCCUCUCCUCAGGACCACCCCUGAUGGCUCCUCCGACUCUCCCCUCCAAACCCUCCCCACCCCCUGACCCAACUGACCCAACUCCACCUGUCUACCUGGACUCCUCCCCCCUCCUCCCUUCACCCCUUAUACCCUCCUCACCCUCCUCACCCACACCGCCCCUCCAUUCAGCUUCUGAACCAUUCCCUUCUCAAAUUGACUUGGCCGUUGAUGCCACUGACGCAACUGAUGUCCCCAAUGCCGCUGUCCCUAAGGAAUGUACUCCCCCCUUAUCCAGACCCCUAGUCCUUGAUGUCCCGGAUAUCUCUACUUCCACCCUUGUCACAUCACUACCCCCUCAAGUCUUAGAGACCUCAACUCCCCCACUCCCCACACUCCUGGUACCUGAUGUCCCAGAGACAUCUACUCCCCCACUCCCCACACCCCUGGUACCUGAUGUCCCAGAGACAUCUACUCCCCCACUCCCCACACCCCUGGUACCUGAUGUCCCAGAGACAUCUUCUCCUCCCCUCUCCACACCAGUACCCCCUCAAGUCUCAAAGCCCUCUACACCCCACCUUCCUGACAUCCUGGAUGUCUCUGCUCCUCCCCUCCCCUUACAUAUGUCCUCUUCAGUCCCAGAGCUCUCCUCUUCAGAACUAACCCUACCAGCACCUUCAUCUCAGCCGGUCCCAAAGCCAUCAUCUAUGCUCAUCUCUUCUCCCACUGUAACUCCCAUCUCAAAACCCUCCUCACUUCCUAUCUCUUCUCCACACGUACCUCCUAUAGCAAAACCCCCUCUGUCCACUCCCCCCAUUCCUCCUCUCUCAAAACCCUCCUCACUUCCUAUCUCUUCUCCCCACGUACCUCCUAUAGCAAAACACCCUCUGUCCACUCCCCCCAUUCCUCCUCUCUCAAAACCCUCCUCACUUCCUAUCUCUUCUCCCCACGUACCUCCUAUAGCAAAACCCCCUCUGUCCACUCCCCCCAUUCAUCCUCUCUCAAAACCCUCCGUACCUCCGUCUCCCCGUGUUCCUCCUUUCUCAAAGAUCUCCUCACCCCCUCUUCCUAGACCCCCAGCACCUCGAAAACUCUCUGGUCCACCCCAGCCGAGACCCCCCAUACCUCACCCUCACUCGAAAGCCAAACCCUCCUCUCCAGCUUUCCCCAGACCCCCACUUCCAUCCAUGAAGUCCUCCUCUCCCCCUCUACCCUCCCCACUAGUCCCUCUAGCUCCCAAGCCCGCCCCAGCUUCAACUUCAACCCAAGCCACAGCCCCACGACCUAGCAUCAGUAUCCUGGAGAAACUGAUCAAAACUUGCCCGGUGUGGUUGCAGCUGGGUAUGGCCCAGGAGAGGACCACACUCUUGCUGAAGAAAGAAAUCCCUGGGAUAUUUUUAGUGCGUAAAAGCCACGACCAGAAAUCCAUGGUGCUGUCAGUAUGUGUAUCUGACAAGCAGGAUGAGCUUCAGGUCCUGGACAUUCUGAUUAAGGAGGAGAAGUCACUGAUGUACCUGGAAGGGUCUGUUCUGGUCUUUGACAACAUCUUCAAACUCAUGGCCUUCUACUGUGUCAGCCGGGAUAUUCUACCCUUCACCCUGAGGUUGCCUCAGGUCAUCGUCCAGGCAACCAAGUACGAAGAUAUAGAGAUGAUAUCGACAUUAGGCUCAGAUUUCUGGGGUUCUCAGCUUCACAGCUCCUCAGAAAUGGUCAAACGUGAUGACCAGGGUCAGGGCCACAGCAGUUCGUCCUGUGAGAUCCAGCUGUCCACCGGGAAUAGUAAUGACCGUCUGUGGUACAUCAACCCCAUCUUCAUUGAGGAGUACUGCAGCAGCCUGGAGGCCUCCACCCUCGUCCCAGCUCCCAUCCACAGGAGCCAGAGUCUGAACACCCCAGGCCCGGGGCAGGUGCAGGUACCCCCCAAGUUCAAACGGCCCCCGCCCAGGCCCCCAAAUGUCCCAGAGGGCUUGAUUCUGUCACAGUCGGCUAAGCAGGGUGCCAGAGGGGAAAGUGUCUCCCCCAGGUCUCCACCCCCACCGCGAACAGUAAUAGCCAAGGCAGCAGGUCAGAAAGCAGAAGGAGACAGCAGCAAAGACACUGAGGAGGAAGAAGGAGCUGCUUCUCAACUCAUCUCGGAGAAAGAGGUGUCAGUUACUGUUACUGACUCAGUAGCAGCUACUCAGCCUCUACAGCCACUGUCACCGCACGGAGCAACAGCAGGACAGAAACACCCAGCACCCCGACCACCCCCACACAGGAUACCACUCGUACCCCUUCGGCGGAAACCCUCAGAGAACCGUCCCUCAAUCCCGGGACAGGAGGGCGGUGUUGGUCCAGUGCCUGUUGCUUCACUGGUCUGCAUCGAUGAUACCACUAACAUGGCAGAGGAGAAGUUAGGAGUGGAAUCUCAUGCCGGUGAGACAGAGACACUGCAGAACAAAGGGACAUCAGGGGCUACAAACAUUAGUGAGGUUGUUACCGUGGCUAUAGCCCCGCGGACGAAGAGGGCCUCACAUCCAGUCCCGCCUCCCAGGAAGAAGAAACCCUGUCAGUUCACGCCCACCACACCUCUCUCCCGAAACGUGAUAAGCGGAGGACUUCUGUCAAUCAAUUCAUCAUCGGAUACCCCCCAGAACUCCAGCACCCCCUUGCCUGCCUCGAGGCCCACCUCCAUCCCCGUGGGGGAGGCCAGGGGGACAGAUGUGUCCUUGUACUCCCCUGAUGGGGAAGCUGUCUUCCCUGCCCUGGAACAUGACUCCUACUCUACCAGCAGUACAGAGGAGGAGGCUGACACUGUGGCCAGCGGGGCUGUAGGGACCGGUGGGACCAACAACACCAAGGUGUUGAUGAAGAGGACGCCUACCAUCAUGCUGGACCGAGCCAAGCACCGCCUCUCCAGCGUGUUCACUAACUUCAUGAACACCGACCACAAGCUCCAGAAGAGAAUCCUAGAGCUGUUCAGGGACGGGAGCUCCUACUUUGGCACCCUGGUGAAGGACUACAGGGUGUAUAUCCUGGAGACCAUGGGGAAGCACAGCUCCAGCACUGAGCUGCUGCAGGAGAUCAGGCAGAUGAUGACCCAGCUGAAGAGUUACCUCAUCCAGAGCACUGAGCUACAGAAUCUACUGGAGCCCAACAUCUACACAGAGGACAAAUUGGAGGUGAUUAUUGAGGCUGCCCUGUGUAAGGCUAUGCUGAAGCCUCUGAGGGAAGCUGUGUAUUCAGGCCUGAAAGACAUCCACGCCAGGGACGGCUGUCUGAAGAGGCUGAGGGAGAACCAGAGUGUCGUCCUGGGUACCACCACCACAGAACUGGGGAUCACCACCAGUGUCCCAGAGACCCCUGUCAUGGAGAAGAUCCAGCUGAAGUUGAUGACCCUCCACCAGGAAUACUCCCCUCAGAAGAAGAUUGAUCUGCUCCUUAAGACCUGCAAGAUCAUCUAUGAAUCCAUGUCUAUAGGCUGUCCAUCAGGGAGAGCCUAUGGUGCAGAUGACUUCCUCCCGGUGCUGAUGUACGUCCUGGCCAGGAGCAACAUGGCCUUCCUGCUACUGGAUGUAGAGUAUAUGAUGGAGCUGAUGGACCCUGCACUGCAGCUAGGAGAGGGCUCCUACUACCUGACGACUACGUAUGGAGUGUUGGAGCACAUAAAGAACUAUGAGAAGCAGGUGGUGACACGGCAGCUCAGUCUGGAGAUCCAGAACUCUAUCCACCGCUGGGAGAAGAGACGCACCCUGAACAAAGCCAGCGUGUCACGUUCAUGUGUUCAGGACUUCAUCAACGUGUCAUUCCUGGAGGCGGGGUGCAACACUAAGACCCUGAGGGUCCGCCCCAACACCACAGCCCAGGACCUGUGUGCCCAGUGUGCUGACAAGUUUGAGGUGGCAGAGCCAGAGUCCUACAGCCUGAGUGUGCUGGUGGAGGGCCACCACCAACUCCUGGCCCCUGAGGAGUUCCCCCUCCCCAUCAAGUCCAGUCUCCACCACAGUCAGCCCCUCAAGGAGUACUGCUUUGUCUACCGGCCUGGAAGGACAGAGUCAGAAGGACAGGAGGCAGAAUCCCAGGAGGCAGAAUCCCAGGAGGCAGAAUCCCAGGAGGCAGAAUCCCAGGAGGCAGAAGGACAGGAGGCAGAAGGACAGGAGGCAGAAGGACAGAAGGUGGAGAGCAAGGAGCCAGCUCCCACAGCCGAGCCAGAGCCUGAGAAGGAGGAGAGUCUGAUCGAGAUAUGAUGAGAUCAGUGUGCGGGUGCGUUGGAGUGUGCGUGCGUACAUGCAUGUGUGGGACAAAGGAUCAAGGAGCUGCUCAAGUGAAUACAAUGGCUGCUGCCUCAAUCAUUAUAGCCAUUUUAAAUGAGAUAUUGGUUUUUGCCUUAUACACAACCACAUAGACAAUGUUUAGGUCUGCCCUUGACAACAUGGAUACAUUCUGAAAGAAGAGAACCUCCAUCGUCUCCUCACCUUGAUCUUCAGGUCUAAAUAUCAAAUCACACAACAGGAGACUCAAGUUUACUUUAGCUUCCAUACAGAUGUGCUCUAUCUUAAUUUGAUCUGUGUCUCACAGCAGGACAAUAAUCCUGCAGCAACAGGAAAUGUGAAUUAUUAUGUGUAUUAUAAUUAAUGGAUAUUUUUGUAGAAAAGUGACACACUUUUCAUUAGGGAAAAUCAAGUCUAAAAUGUUUAGUGGAAAUUACGAACUUUAGAAGCCUUUGAAAAACAUUGAAUACACUACAAGUUUGCAUUUCCUGCUGUGCAGGAACAACAGAGUGAUCAAAUUAAGAGAGUACAUCUGUAUGGCUUCUAUUGUAAGUCAUAUUGCUCAGUGAAGAAGACCUACCACCGUCAACUCAUGUCAGACUGGUUCAUACUUCAGACUUUGAAUAUCAUACAGGGGAUCCACACAAGAUCACUUCAGCUUUUAUAUUACUUCUAUGAGAACUAGCGCUGUGAGUCCUGCCUCCUCUUUCUGCAAAGUUGGCCAAAGCUACAGAGAUAAAGAGGAUAUCGUCCUCCUCUAGUUUGAAAGGGCACAAUAGGCUGUAUAAUUAAACUGUAAUGGAUCCGGAUAAGGAGUCUCUGCCUGCAUCCCAAAUGGCACAUUAUUCCCUUUGUAGUGCACUACUUUUGACCAGGGCCCAUAGUCUGGUCAAAAGUAAUGCACUAUGUAGGGAAUAGGGUGUUAUUUAGGACACAGUCCAUGUAUCCUGUCCAGACGGUGUUCAUUUUCAUAUUUAACAGAUUUGUUUCUGCCACAGUUCAGAUUGACAAUCAGCUGUUCAUUGGUUUUGUUAAUCGAAUUUAGCAUGACAAUAUCCUUGCCAAUAAUUAUGUCACUGGGUUUAUGUGCUCAAGAAAGACUCUGCGACUCUCUGUACUGUAAAUCCAUUUUUGCUGUGCUGGUUUGUAUACUCUUGUAGCUGUGCUGUGGCCACAUUCCAUUGGUGUCCUGUAAGAACCUUUGAAGUCUCAUUCUAGAGGGGUUCUGCUACAAUGCCAUUCAUUUUAAGUUCAAAUCCAAGUCUACCAGGCACUGAUGGUGUACAGCAAUAUUAUACUGUCAUUACAUUAUAUAGCAUUAUGGCUUUGAUACUUUUUUUCAGAUUGAUGAGUUGAUUGUUUUGUUUUUAAAAGGUGAAAUGUGAAAUGGUUUAUGUGGAUGUAUCAAGAGAUGAAACCCAGUAAAACAUGUUUUUUUUUAUCAUUUCAUAAAUUCCAAUAUUUCUCAUUUUAAAUAUUUGGGAGUAAAUAUAUUUCCUUUCUUUGUUACAACCAUUGCCAGAACUUUAACAGAACUCUAAAAUCAAUUCAAUCUGUCUCAGUAGAUGAAAUAAUAUCCCAGUCGCUUUAACCAGCAGAAUAUCUAUUGUCAAAGUGAAUAUAUUGCCACGGCUGAAUUUCUAUAGUUCAAUGCUUCCCAUGACUCCCCCUUCUGGAUAUUGGGAUACAGUUCAUAGUGAGGUUAUGAAAUGUUUAGUAUAUGGCAAGUUAUGGCAAAAUUUACAAACUUGCAAAGAGGGAAAGACGUAGGAGGACCCAAGUUUAAAUUGUAUUUCCAGGCACUAGCAUUUUGCCCCAUCCUGUUUGUUUAGAAAUGAUUCUUCUGUGCCCUGGCUGAGUGCUGAGUACAGAAAUACAUACUGCCCUGGAAGACCAAUUCUUCACUAAUAUAUCCCUUAAACCAGGGAUCAUCAACUAGAUUAAGCUGCGGACAGAACUUUUUGUUUUUCUUGGGCGAUGGUUGGGGCCAGAACAUAAUAAAAAAUAAUUUGUACACUGCUAAUUGACCGCAAGAAGCCCAAACAUAUCUAAUAUUUGACUAAAACAUCAUAAUUUCAAACCUUACAUUUGCAUUAGUGCUGAGCUAUUUAACCAACAUUUCAAUUAUUUUACGGCUUUUGAACAACUAAUUGACCGACAUCGGUUCAAUUAUUUGAAUUUGUUUGUUUUUUAUUCUGUGAGCUCAAUGCACAGUUUCUCUAGAGAUAAAUCAGAUCCAACCUGAACUCUGCGAUGUAGUAGGGAGUUGUAGUUUCCAACAGGCCAGUAUUGUCACAUCUUCUCCUGCUCCUCCCUUCCGGCAUACGAUGUCGCCGACCAACGGUCCUGGGAUUCAUCAUUACGCACACCUGUUAAUCAUUAUGACUCACACCUGGACUUCAUUACCUUCAUAAUUUCCUCCCCUUUAUAUGUCACUCUCUUGUGUUCAUUCACCAGUUGGUGUUAUUCUUCUGUACCGGUGUGUAGCUACAUGGAAUUGUCUCGUUCAUGGUUUUGUUGUUUUAUUAAACAUUUCACCUGCACCUGCU